AGUAGUCCUCAUUAAAAUUCUCUGCCCGUCCGCACUCCCAGAGAAAUCCUCCUGUUGGUGGGUGGCACCGGCGUCCUGCGCACCGAGCCGCCGCGGACCGCUGUUUCAUCACCGGCGGAGGAGGAACAAGGACGGCUGCUGCUGCUGCUGCUUCUGCUUCUGGUGCUUCACGUCCGGGUCUAUUUAUGGCGUCAGAACCGAGGGAGGAAAGGUGGGCUCACAUGUCCGGGAGUCCGGCGAGGGGAGGCGCCCUGCGCAUCUAGAGUCCGGCGCCCAUCACACUCGCCAGCGCGGGGGCCGGGGAACCCGCACGAAGACUCGCUCCGCGGCUCCGGUGGCCUCUGCUUUUCGCGUUGAUUGACGGCGGGGACGGACAACAUCAUGUGCGCCUGGACGCUGUGAAGUCCGUCAGAGCGGCGUGUUUUUAUUUUUAAUUUAUUUUCGUCUUUCUGGGAUACGCCAAGUACCCGACGUUUUCACGGCACCUUGUGCCAUAGAGAACCAUGAGCACUGUGGAGGAGGAGCCGGAUCACUUGAUACCAUGAAGACAAGUCUGCAGGUCCUGCGCUGCCAGCUGCUGAGUGUUCUGGCAUUUCUAGCACUGAACGUCGGAGCGGUGUCGCCAGCACCGGAGCCGUACCUCAGCCACGCAUCCCAGGACUCUGCCUCCAUGGCUACCACCCACAGCAGCCCCCUCUCCAGCGCCGUACACCCCCCUCCGGACUGGCGUCAGGAAGGCUCCAGCAGUGGGGAAUGGUCGUCCAAAGGCGCGCCAUCUUCACAUGUCGUCACUCCUACGGCUGGCCUCCCUCCUUCCACCUUACCUGACAUGCACGCUGUCACGCCAAGCACUGUGAGCACUGAUAGCCUUGAGACAACGCCCGCUAGGCCCGGGUCGGAAACUCUAAAGAAUGCCAGCAGCGUGAUGUCCGAGUUUGAAUCAGUUAAAGAGGGGACGGGCGACAGAGACCCUGAGCAUCUUAGUGACUCCUGGCAGCUGUUGCCCUCCUCUUUCACCACUCGCCCCCCUUCGUCGUCUGAUGCCGACCGCCCGCGGGGCCUGAAACUCAGGGACCACGUUAUUGGAUCUCCGGAGCUGCCUGUGUCCCACACCAUUGUUCUACGAGAGGUCCGCGGUGGGAACGAGGGACCCACUGCUCAGCUGUUAAUAAAUUCAACAGAAGGAACCGCCGCGCCAGUCGCAAGCCCUUUAUCUCCCUCUGCGCCCGUCACAGCAACAUCGACCGAGCCGAGCCAUAAAUCACACACACCGACAGUCAUCCCCGCCAACUACAUUUCGGGCAUGACUGAGGAGCUCCGGGUGGUUUUGGGUAACGGCACAGACAGCCCACCGGUGGGACACCAGCAGGGGAAUGUAACUGGACAUGCAGGCCUGCCCUCCAACAGCAGCUCGGUCCAGGCGGAGGAGGCGUCCGCUCAGGGCAACAUCACGAAGACCCCCUCCACAGACAGCGGGAACUUCCUCAACAGGCAGGUCCCGGCCACGACCAGCGAGCCCACGGCAGAGGGCAACAGCCUGGGCUCCACCGUCAACCCGCAGCUGUCCCCAACAACCAUCUGCUUGAACAUGAUGGACAUUGUGUGGAUCGUGCUGGCGAUCAGCGUGCCUGUUUCCUCCGUCUCCGUGCUGUUGACAGUGUGCUGCAUGAGGAGGAAGAAGAAGUCGACGAGUCAGGAGAACAACCUCAGUUACUGGAACAACGCCAUCACCAUGGACUACUUCAGCAGACACGCCGUGGAGCUGCCCAGAGAGAUCCACACUCUGGAGAGCGAGGAGCACGACACCUGCCUGCCCCCUAAUGGAGACUACAGCGGCAGCAGCGUGGUCCUGGUUAACCCCUUCUGCCAGGAGACCCUCUUCAUCAACAGAGAAAAAGCCUCCGCCAUAUAGCGACAGUUCCCGCUCCCCUCGCCUCCCGCUGCGGCCGGUCGUCUUAUUUUAUACACGGGGUAAAAAAUAUUCAGAGACUUAUAACAACGCAAAGAGCAACGCGAGCGAAGAGCGACACAGAAACAGACGCUAUUCACGACGAGGAUGCACCUGCAUAUUUUUCUGAUGUACAUUUUCUACAAAAAGGAGCUUAAUUGUGAUAAAGGUUUCUAUUGUCUUUAUAUAAUACAGAGUAUAUGUGAGUUUUGUCGCAUUACAGUGGCUUAAUAGUAAUUGCACUGUGGGUGUUUGCCACAAGAAAUCUGCUUUAGAAGAGAAAAAUGUGCUAUGAAAGCCUUAAAGCUGUUAUUUGCAUUUUUUUUUUUUUUAAAUCAAUCCGAAAAUCCAAAAGCCUGCUGAACUUGAACACAGCACCUACUUAUUUAAGAGGGGGGCGGGGAACAGCGAUGUGUGCAUGUGUUCGGACAAAUCAGGGCCUGUGUUUCUCAACUUUACAGGGAUAACUUUUCCAGACUGAAACACUUGUACUAAAAUGAAGUUUGAGUUUAUUCCAAAUUUCCUCCAAUCCAAACUGGGUCAAAAUUAUAAAUACUCGUAAUACUUAUACCAUCACCCCCAUAAAUAUUUGUCAGCAAGUCCAACCUGUUUUACAUGGGUUUUCUAGCUGGGUCCUGGCAUGAUUCUGACUGGUCCUAAUACGCCUUUGCAACACGGUCCACAGUUUUAGGUAUAUGGAUUUAAACUUUUAUCACGGUAUUUAUUGUGAUAACAAUAUAAGUGACAAUAAAAAACUAUUUAAUUCUAUGGCAGCAAUCAAAUACCCACAAAUACUGCUCUGAAUAAAAAAAAAUACAGAUUUUGACACAGGCUUGUUAGGGAGACCAGUAACAUAAAGAAGUGCGGUUCUUAUCACUAAACUAUUCGCAGUAACUGGAUUUAAUCAUAUUUUCAAACAUACUGAUCUUUAUUGUUGCUCUAACUGAACUAAGAGGGAAAUGUUGUCAAAAUAAUUCUGACAAUACAGUCAAUGCUUAGGGUUUUCAACAUCAUUAAUUGAUCAUUGAAUCAAAAUUCUCACCAUGAUGAGAAAUUCUUUACAGUAAAGACAAAUCCCCCGCCCUAAUUGACAUGAGAUUUUAAAAACUUUAAUGCCAGCUAGUUUUCAUGUGUUACGAUGCACUAUUAAAUUGUUCAGUAAAACAGCAAAAUGCUGCAUGUUAGAGUGUUCUUAAGUUUGAAAACCUCACUUUAUCUUGUAAUUUUGACUAAAUAGUCUAAUCUUUGUUUGGUCUGAGCAUUAAACCUUUCCCCUAAAGGCAUUUGGUUUUGGACCGCUGUGCAGAAGCAGCUUCUUCUUCUCUGGUCAGCAUCAGGAGGAGCUGCAAAUUUUUUGUCAUGUUCCAGUGGGAGACUGGUCAGAUGGCUGAUAGUUGGAUACAAUUUUGUGUUACAGCAAGACAACAAUCCUAAACAACCUUUAAAACUAGUUUUAAAAUGGAUAAAUCAGGCUAAAUUCAAACUGAACAACUCAACCCAAUUAAAUAAUCAGGUCUGUACUUAAAAAGGUCUUAUAAUUACACUGCAAAAAGUUAACGAGAAGUUAAUUUUCCUUGAAAUUAGUGUAUUUGUACUUGAUUUGAGCAGAUUCAUAAGAUUAUCUGCCAAUUAAAUUAGUAUUUUGACCCCUGAAAUAAAAUAAUUAGCCAUACUGCACUUGAAAUAAGACGAUGGAGAUGAGCUGUUCCUAUUUUAUGUGCAACAAUCUUAUUUUAGUGGCUGAUCAUUUAAUCUUGCCUGGUCAAAUGCUUGGACUUGGACAACUUUAUUGUAAUUUUGUAUGCACAAAGUGCGUACAGAACAAAAUUGAAAUAUUCUUGAAAUACACUAAUUUCAAGAAUAUUCACUGACUUUUAAUUCCCUUUUUGCAGAGUAACCAAUUUAGAUUAUCAGAUUCUUUCACUAUCAACAUAAUUGUGAAAGAUAAAUAGGCACUCUGGUUUUUGUGGUAAAUCUAUAUUUGUUGUGUAACUUCGUGUGCUAGGCCUGUUUUUAAUCAACCCAAACCAAACAGGCUGUGAUUUUAAAGUACUGGUUAAAAAGUACAACAACAGGUAGCAGGAGUUGGAUUUUAGUCAGAGACUCUGAUACUGAUGAUUUAAAAACGCCUUAAUCCUACAAUUGGGAUUACAUUGGGACAUUCCUAUUUGAAAUAAAACAUUUUAUUGUAUUGCAGAUACAUUUACUUAAGAGGAUGAAAAGCGUCCUAAAAGAUACUGUACAAAAAAAACACACACACACAAAUAAUGCAAUAUUACCUGCAACAAUUGUUGUAUUUAUUCAUGCAACUAUAAUAAGGACUGAGUUUUACAAAUUAAACAAAAUAAAGAAAAAUGCUGCUGGUAGAAAAUAAUAUAUAACAUAAAUCAUAAAUUAUGUUUAGUAUCCUUCAUCCUGACAUUUGCAGUAGGAACGUUUCAACAAUUUCACACAAUUUUAAGUUUAUUUUACUCAUGGAAAGUGUAAAAAAAAUGGCAAUUUUAAACGUUAUUGUCAUGCAUGGACCUAAUUUCUGAAUGUGUUUUGAAUAAUAAAGAUGAUCCUAAGAAAGCAGUUUGAUAAACACAGGCUCAGAUUAUACUGAGUGAUUUGACCAGAUUGAGGUUUUAGAGAAUUCAGCGGAUCGGAAAUGACUUCCCCCUCGAUGCGUCACCAGCUUCUAUGAGUAAGGUCAACAUGGCUGUCUUAAUCUCUCAUGUUGGCCUUUUUAUGUACCUGAGGUGAGAGUGUGUGGUGGAGAUAAACAUCUAGUGCACUGAAUGAGCAUGACCAGACGAGUUGCACCCAAAUUACCAAAUACUCUGCGUUACUUAAAGCUUAAAACAACUUUGGGUUUGUGUCCGCUCAGUUUGGCCUGCUUGUCUCUCUGUCUGUCUCUGAAUGUGUGUCUGUCUCUGUCGUGGGGAGAGAUCUUCCCUCUAGGAAACCAACAACUCAUUCACUCUGCUGUAACCAUCACCGUUCAAGUGAUGAAUUUAUCGUGAAUUUGUCGCUGAAAACACAUCAAAAUACACCGAGGCCAACAAUCUGUGCUGAAUAUUUCCGAAUCGAACAGUUUGUGGUCCCGCUGUCAUCUGUUUCACUCGUUGCAAUUGCUGCAGUUUAAAUCAAUAACCAAUGCUGGCUGCUGCCUCUGUUGUUGCUUAAGAUUAUUUUUUUGUUUUAUUUUCUCCCGCGAGGCGUUCUGAAAUCACCGAGUCGAAAGGUGGUGCUGAACGACACGGCUACACACAAAGAUAUCUCCCGCGUUGGACGCUCACAGCCGGGCUUGUUGUUUUGCACGCUCAAAACGUGAAUAUUUUACAAAACGUACGGUGGCAAGGUGGAGCAGUGUUUGAACAUGAUGUUAUUUUUUGUACUGUAGUAUACACUGUACUUUUUACUGCUGAGCAAUAAAACAGUAGAAAAAGACUUGAA